UGUGUCUUCUGCUAGCUGUCAAAUCGAGAGGGACCUAAAAGGAAGGAGGAUACUGCUACCUGCCCUGUCAAUCACAUAACGAUUUUUGUUGUUUUGGGUUUUCAACGUCCUGACAUCCUUACACCCAAAUUUGAAACAUGUCACAAAAUCGAGUUGCCGUGGUAACUGGUUCAAACCAGGGAAUCGGUUUCGCCACAGUUAAGGCGCUGUGCUCAGAUUUCGAAGGUUCAGUUUACCUCACCUCCCGAAAUGAGGAACGUGGCCUAGCUGCUGUUGAAGAAUUGAAAAAAAUUGGGUUGCAGCCUAAGUACCACCAACUAGACAUCAAUGAUGAGUCAAGUGUGUUACGGUUACGAGAUUACUUGAAGGAUACAUAUGGAGGAUUGGAUGUUCUAGUGAACAAUGCCGCCAUUCUUUUACCUUUUAAAGAAGGCAUGUCUGAUGACAUUUUUGCUGAACAUGCUUGCACUGUCAUGCAAACAAACUAUUUUGACACUCAGCGUGCUUGCAAAAUUUUGUUUCCCAUCCUUAAACCUCACGCAAGGGUGGUGAAUCUUUCCAGCAUGUUGGGUCAUUUGACACAUAUUCCAGGUGAAGACUCAGUGGCUGUUAACUUGCGUGCUAAGCUGGCGUCCCCGGAUUUAACAUACGAAGAACUUGAUAGCCUAAUGCAUAAUUUUGUGGAUGCAGCACAAAAAGGAGAGCAUACCAAAUAUGGUUGGCCUGCAACUGGUUACUACACAACUUACAUCGUAUCCAAAAUAGGUGUUAGCGCCUUAACACGCAUCCAGCAUAGGGACUUUGAACGUGAUUCGCGUGAGGACAUUGUCAUCAAUCACGUACACCCUGGAUAUGUUUCAACACAAAUGUCAGACUACAAAGGAGUCCUUACUCCAGAAAAAGGUGCCGUUGCUCCUUCCUGGUUAGCGCUUCUGCCACCGAAUGUGCAAGAACCCAAAGGAGCUUUUGUUUGGUGUGACAAGACAAUUGUUGAUUGGGUGAAAGGGCCAAUGCCUCCUUUGGACUGAUAAUUAAAGUUGCAAAUCUUCAUCAUUGUGCCUGUGCUGUUCUUCCACCAUUUCUUCGUGAAGAGGAUGCUUUCGCGUACACUGGCAAGAUGAAUUAAGGCACAUUCCCAUUCCCCCCCGUUCUAAACAUGUUCUUCCUUGUAGUGUAAUACAGUUGGUUGAGGCCUUGAAAGGAAA